AUGGAGACAAGCGUAGUACUCAAAAACACAGUGUUUUCACCAUCCGAAUUAGCAUUAAUUGCUCCGGAUAUUACCUUGCAAAAGUAUAUUUCAGCAGGAUAUAGACCAUCAUUACGAGAAUUUGAAGAGUUUAAGCCAGUAGUUAUCUCAAAGGCCGGUAUAUCGAGGUAUAAUACUGAAGAUAGGGCAAACGAUUCGACUAGUGUUAUAGGAUCAUCGAGCGUCAAAUGUGGAGGAACAUCUAUUAUCUGUACCAUUAGCGCAGGUGUAGUUGAAGACGAUUUUGAAGCCAUUAAUGAUUAUAGAAUGAGGUUGGAUGCAGACAUCAUUGUCGAUGAAGAAAGAGGCAAUGAGGAAGAGAUUGAGUUGCUAGGUGGCGAUUUGUUGAAUGAGAAUGGUGCAGUUUAUCCCGUGGUCGAAAUUGCCAGAGGAUCUAAUGCACCGCCAGGUCCUGAGGAAAUUGGUUUAGGUGAACAGUUAUAUGCAAGUGUUUUGCAUUCUGGAUUGAUAAGUAGAGAAGAAUUAAGGGUCAAUGUUGGACUACAAAGUAUGGAUGAAAAAGGGGAAGUUGUGAUAAUCACCGGCGAUGAAGUUGGUGCAAUCAAGAAAAAGUUCAGUUUUGUAUUGUAUGCCAGAUUGGAAGUCUUUGGUAAAACGGGCCCCUUAUUUGAUCAAUGUUAUGCUGCACUAGUGAAGGCACUAAGGGACACCAAGCUUCCAAACGUGUAUCUCAAUGAAAGAGAGAGUAUUAUGAGGACCCGGGGAGGUAAAAGAAAUGCAAAUGUUAAUAUUCAAAGUUUUGAUUUGGUAUGUGAUCCAACGGAAUAUAGGGAUUUGAAAUUAAGAGAAGAUAGAAUUUGCUGGGCGAGUACCUUUGGUAUUGCUGAUAUGUACGAUGCUAACGAUGGAGGUGCAGGAGAAGAUGAGGAAAUGCACGGUGGUGAGAUGGAGAGUAACUCAAUAUUAUUGGCCGACCUUGAAGGAGAUGCCGAAAACGAUAUAUCAAAAAGAAUCACUGCAUUGAGUAACGGAAAGGGCGAAUUUGUGAGCGUUACUAUUGAGAGGGGGAAUGGAAGCCCGUUUACGAGUGAUAUGAUCAGACAUGCCUUAGGUUUAGCACAAACCCGGGCAAAUGACAUGAUUGGGAAGUUUUAA